GACCUAGAUUGACCAAUAGCUUUUAGACACAUUUGUUAGUCAUAUUUUUAAGUCCUGUUUCGCGUUGUGGGUGUCGGGAUAUUCUAACAAUGGGGAGACCAUGGGAUCUGUCCGUGGUACAUAGCCUAGUGGUAGUUACUGUAUUGGCAUGUGUAUUGUGUGAUCCGUCAUCGUUACUGUCUGAUAUUCCUGUAUCAAAACCUAAUGAGGGACUUUCAACAGCCUCAGACACUUUAGCUAAAGAAGGGGAGGCAAUCAGCUUGGAUGGUCUAAGCGUUGAACAGUUGAAGCAAGCACGGGAACAUGCUGAAAAACGACAGUUUGAAGCUGAGGUUGAUCGCAUGAUGAAAAUAAUAGUUAACUCUCUGUACAAAAAUAAGGAGAUCUUCCUUAGAGAAUUAAUAUCAAAUGCAUCAGACGCUCUGGAUAAGAUUCGCGUUCUUUCGCUUACUAACAAUGAAGUUCCUGAUGAGUCUGACGAAAUGAGAAUCCGAAUAAAAGCCAAUAAAGAUGCACGGACACUUCAUAUAAUAGACACAGGCAUAGGCAUGACAGAAGCUGAACUUACCUCUAACUUGGGAACCAUUGCUAAGUCUGGAACAUCUGAGUUCUUGACUAAGAUCUCUCAAAGUAGUACGGCCACAGAAAAGUCUGACCUUAUUGGCCAGUUUGGUGUUGGGUUCUACUCCUCUUUCUUAGUUGCAAACAAAGUUUUGGUUGUAUCCAAGAGUGAUAAUGAUGACCAGUAUAUCUGGGAGUCCAAUUCCACUUCAUUCGUAGUUUACAAAGACCCACGUGGAAACACCCUUAAACGUGGGACUGAAAUUGUCCUUUACUUAACGGAGGAGGCAGAAGAUUACUUACAAUCCGAAACUCUUAAAGAAGUUGUGAAAAAAUACAGUCAGUUCAUCGAUUUCCCCAUUUAUGUGUGGUCGAGUCGAGUGGAAUCGCAGGCUGCUGAACCCGAAGAAAAGGAGGAGUCAAAAACAGCUGAUUCUGAAGCUAGCGUUGAAGAAGAAAGUGGAAAAAAAAGUGAAAGCAAGACCGUAGACAAAGUCGUCUGGGACUGGGUACGUGUAAAUGCAAAUAAACCUAUUUGGAAACGCAAACCGGCCGACGUUACUGAUGCGGAGUACAAUGAUUUAUUCCGUGCCUAUUCAAAUGAUAAUGACGAUCCUCUCGCCAAGAUUCAUUUCAGUGGUGAGGGAAAUGUGUUAUUUAGUUCAAUACUGUAUAUACCAAAACAUCUUCCCUCUAACAUAUUCCAGAUGCACAGUACUCAUAGUGAUAGGAUCAAGUUGUACGUUCGUCGUGUAUACAUUUCUGACGCAGCCGAUGAUCUGCUUCCUAAAUACUUGGCAUUCGUUUUUGGUAUAGUGGAUAGUGACGAACUUCCUCUAAAUGUUUCUCGUGAAAUGCUGCAGCAAAACAAACUCCUUAAAUUGAUAAAGAUAAGAUUGGUCAAGAAAGUUCUCCAGAUGAUUAGCGAACUUUCUGAAUCUCAGUUUAAAAAUUUCUGGAAGGAAUACUCUGUGAACAUAAAACUUGGUAUAAUUGACGAUCUUCCAAAUCGCACUAAGUUAUCCAAGUUCCUACGGUUUUGGACUUCAAACAGCACUGAAAACCAAUCAAGUCUUGCAGAUUAUGUUUCACGCAUGAAAAAUGGUCAGGAAGAUAUAUACUAUCUUACCGCAUCUUCAAUAACUGAGGCGAAGUCAUCUCCAUUUGUAGAAAGGCUAAUCAAGAAAGGCUAUGAAGUCAUUUAUAUGAUCGAUCCUGUUGACGAGUACAUGCUUCAGUCGCUAACUGAAUAUGAUAAGAAAAAGUUACGAAAUGUGGCAAAGGGAACGAUCGAAAUCGACAAAUCGGAAGAAGCAAAGACUCGUAAAGAAGAACUAGAAAAAGAAUUCAAACCUCUCUUGGAAUGGUUUAAGGAAAAUUUGAAAGAAUAUGUUGAUAAGACUGCCUUGUCAGAAAGAUUAUUGAAUACUCCAUGUGCUCUUGUCGCUAAUGAAUUCGGUUGGUCCGGAAAUAUGGAGCGCAUUAUGACUGCACAAGCAUAUCAAAGGGGUGGAGAUCCAUCAUCUACUUAUUACUCUACUAUGAAAAAGGUCUUUGAAAUUAACCCACGCCAUCCAGUAAUGAAAAAGUUAAACGUUCUUAUAAAGACCUAUAAAGAUGAUCCUACAAUAAGUCAUACUGCGAACUUGCUCUUCGAUGUUGCGGUCCUUCGUUCAGGUUUUUCUGUUAAGAACCCUGUUGCUUUCGCAGAACGAGUUGAAUCUGUUGUAAAGAAAAGUUUAGAUAUUGAUCAAAGCGAGUUGCUGGACGAAGAACCUGAGACUGAUGAGGAGUCUGUAACGGAUGAAGUGAAUAAAGAGUCGAUUUCAAAUGAAGAUUCAACGAACGAAAAGUCAGAAGCACCUUCGCAAAUUGAUAUACAUAGUUUUACUGAUUUCUUUGACAAUGAAAAUAAUUGGAAAAUGAACAAAACAGAAACAAAUCAAUUUUCGGAAUUCAAUCAUAUUACUGAAUCUUUUGAAGACAGUAUUACUCCUAGUUUCGUCACAACAUCAGAUUGUCCAACAUGCCGUCGACUUUUAGGGUGUAGUUCACGAGUUCAUAGUCAUCAAACUGACAGAAAUCCUAAAGUGGAUCAAAUUGAUAACAAUGAAAAUGAUGACCAAGAUGAAGAUGAAUACAAUGAAUCUGAAACAACAGGAAUGAUCAAUGAUUCUGGUAAUGAUGACGAUGAUGAUGAUGGGGAAGAUAAGGAUGACGAUUUCGGGAAUUAUCUAGGUGAGAAAAUUUCUGAGUCAAAGAUUAAAUCAACAUUUAGACAUAUGCGUAAAUUAGAAGAGGCUAAAGAUAAUGAUGAUAAUGGUGAUGUCGACAACAAUGCUGAGUAUAAUGAGUGUUUGUCAAUAUGCGCUUCUAGGCAUGGGAAAAAAUUAGAUUUAAGACAUACCCUUAAUUUAGAAGAUGAUGACAGUAGAGGAGAAGAAGAUGAAGAUCAGUUAAAGGAAUCAACGACAGAAAACAAACUUGUUCAUAAUGAAAAUAAAAAACAACUCCCAAAUCUAAAAAAUAUACCUGAAAUACAUAAAAACAAAUUAAAAGCUGAUGUUAAAGCUUUGAAUAAAAAACUGCAAAUAAGUAAAGAUCAUCUUGUAAAACAUAAUGAACCAAAAAGUGAAAAGAUUACAGAAGUACAAACUACUGAUGAACUAGACGAUAUUGAUGAUGAUAGUGAUGAUAGCAAUGAUGAUGAUGAUGAUGCUGGUGGUGGAAAUAAAGAUUAUGAAGAUAAUAUUGAUGAUGAUCAAGAUGAUGAGGAUGAAAAGUUUGCAGAUAAUUACAGCGAUGAUAAUGACACCACUAAAGUACUAAAACCAGGCUGCAAAAAAUCUAUUCAAGAGGGUCAACCAUCAAUAAAUGAGAAUACGAAUAAGAAGCUGAGUAAUGACGAUGUUGAAGACUAUGAUUACGAUGACAGCAAUGAUGAUAAUGAUAAUGAUGAUGAUACUAAUGAAGUUGGUGACGAUAAUGAAAAUGAUAAUCAUGAUGUAAACAGUCAAUCAAAUGAUGAUACAUCUAAAGGAAAAGAUUUUAAAAUCGACCAGCAUAAAAAUAUAAAAACAACAGUUGAUCAAUUUGAAGAUGAUGAAUAUGAUGAGACUGAUGAUUUUGAUCCAGAUAAUGAUAUUGAAGAAGAAAGUGAAGAUGAUCAACCAGAAGAUUUAGAUUUGGAAAUAUCACCUGAAGAAGGUUAUGAAGAUGUUGAUGAUCCUGAUUACAGUGAUUGGAUAGAGGCUGAUGAAGAAUUAAAUCCUAAUUGGCCUGGUGUAAGGAAAUUAAUGGCAGUUAAAACAACAACUCCUACUACUUCAUCUAAAUCCAAGUCUCACUCGGAAACGGCUACUGGACAUACAAAGAAUAAGAAAGUUCCAUCAAAAACAGAAACACAUGUAAAGACCAUUUCUAAAACACCAUCAUCCAAAUUAUCUGAAAGUUCUAAAACAAAACAACCCAAGGACAAACCUUCUUCUAGUCAUCAUCAACAAAAUCAACCAGACAAGUUAAAAUCUUCCACAUUAGCAUCAUCAAAGCAUGCAGAAGAUCAUCACUCAAAGAAGGCAGUGCAUAAAACUGUUCCGUCACAAGAUAAAUUAAAAACACCAGUUCCAACAAAUAAAAACCCUAAACAAUCUACACAAAAAUCGAAACCAGUACGAAUUAUUGGAAAUAUAAACGAUCAUGACUGUGAUGGUAUACCAGAUGAUAUUGAUGAAGAUAUUGAUAAUGACGGUCUUUUGGACCGAACACAAGAUUCCGAUUGGGAUGGAUUAUUGAAUCAUGUUGAUGAAGACGAUGAUAAUGAUGGUAUCCCUGAUAUUGAAGAUGAAGAUUCUAAUGGUGAUGGAAUACCAGACUGCCGUUCUGAUGUUUCUGAUUUAAAACUAAAAGUAAGAUAUAAGAAGAAAAUGCGUAAAGUUGACAGCGAUUUCGACGGUGUUCCAGAUGAUGUUGACGGAGAUGAUGAUAACGAUGGUAUUCCAGAUAUUAUGGAAGAUGAAGACAAAGAUCAAAUUCCUGAUUUUUUAGGACUUACUCGUGCUGAUUUUUUAAAAGGUGUCAGUACUAAAGAAUUAAACAGACGAAUGAAUAAACGUGGCUGGUUUGAUCAUGACUGUGAUGGUAUUCCAGAUAAUCUCGAUCCAGAUGAUGAUAACGAUGGGUAUUUCGAUUCAAAACAAGAUAGUGAUCGUGAUGGUAUCCUGAAUGAAUUCGAUGAUGACGAUGAUAAUGAUGGAAUACCAGACAGUGAAGAUCCUGAUGCUAAUGGAGACGGUAUACCUGAUUGUAUUGUUAAGGAUUCAGAUGGUGAUCAUAUUCCUGACCAUAUUGACACAGAUGAUGAUAAUGAUGGUAUACCGGAUUUACAAGAUCCAGAUCAUCCCAAUUUCGAUUACUUACGGGAUUCGGAUAAGGAUGGUAUUCCUGAUACACUAGACAUGGAUGAUGAUAAUGAUGGUAUACCAGAUAGCAUGGAUUUUGAUUCAGAUGGUGAUGGAUCGGAUGAUCUGUUUCAAGAUAUUGACAAAGAUGGGGUACCGGAUAGUGUAGAUGAUGAUAUGAAUAAUGAUGGAAUACCGGAUCAUAAACAAGAUCAUGAUUGUGAUGGGAUCCCAGACAUUGUUGACCCUGAUGAUGAUAACGAUGGUUAUUUUGACACAAAACAGGAUAGCGACAAUGAUGGUUUAUUGAAUGAAUGGGACGAUGAUGAUGAUAAUGAUGGUAUUCCAGAUGUGGAUGAUGAGGAUUCGAAUGGUGAUGGGAUCAUUGAUUGUCAACCACAUGAUAGUGAUAAUGAUGGAAUACCCGAUCAUAUCGAUGAAGAUGAUGAUAACGAUGGUAUACCAGAUCAACGAGAUCCUGAUUCAAUGUCAUUUCUGCUGUAUAAACAUAAGCGUUUUCUUGAAGCUAUCCCAGCUCAUAUUGCACGACAAGAAGCCAACUUGUUAAAUGUCGAUUUAGGCGAUCCAAAUGAUAAAGAUUGUGAUGGAAUUCCAGAUCAUAUUGAUAAUGAUUUGGAUAAUGAUGGAAAAAUCGAUAGAACACAAGAUUCAGAUAUGGAUGGAUUAUUAAACCACGUAGACGAAGAUGAUGAUAAUGAUGGUAUUCCUGAUGUAUUAGAUCCUGAUGCAAAUGGUGACGGUAUUCCAGAUUGUCGACGUGAUGGUGGAUUACAUUAUAAAUUAGUUAAAUCACCUUCUGGUUUAAUUAAAAAAGUAUUAAGAAUACGUGAACCAACACAAGAAGAACAACAUCAAGCCUAUAUGGUUAAUGAAGCUAAACGUAAAUUAAUACGUAUUCGUGCUAAACUACGUGAACCUUUACCAAAGAAUACAAUACAAGCAAUUCCAUCAUUUGAUUUCAAUGAUAACAUGAAUGAUAAUCCAGAUAAUCAUCAUAAUGUCAAUGAAAUAAAAUCUAAAAUAAAAUCAUUUAAUUCAAAAUCUGUUCAAUCUAAUAUCAAUUCAAAAAAUGAACAUACAAUUAAACAUCAUCCAAAUAAUAAACAAGAAAAUGGCGGUAAUAUAAAUUCAAAGAAAACAUCAAUACAAGGAAUCAAAUCUACUGGUUCACCUUCUUUAAAACAAUCAAAUCAACAACAAAUACCAACAAAGCAUAUCAAAGAACAAAAUACUGUUAAAUUAAAUAAUAAACAACAAAAUCGUAAAUUAGCAGAAAGUGUAAUACCAAAUGAAAAUACUGAUUCAUUUUAUUCUUUAAAUAAAGACAUUUUACUGAAUAUUCAUGAUAUGAAUGAUUACCCUGAUCAUGUUUCUACUCCCUUUGAUAAUGUUAACGAUGAUGAUGAUGAUGACAAUGAAAUAGAGAAUGAUCAAGAAGUUAAUUUAGCUGAUACAAACUUAAAAUCAUCAAUAUUUGGCAGUUUUUUAUUGCCUGGAGCAGAAGCAGGGGCAGCUAAUGAAGUAACUGGAUCAAAUAGAAAAAAUAUCAAGAAAAUGAAACAAAACGAAGCAACACAAAUGAAAAAAGUUGAUAAAUUAAAAUUAAAAGAAAAACAGAAGGUUAGAAGAAUUACAUAGUUAAACUAUUCAUCAAUCCAAUUUCUUAUUUAGAAAAAAAUUUAGAUUAAUAUGAAGUUAAUAAUUUCUUGGCCGAGACUGUAACUCAUGGACGAACCAAUCAGAUUUAGGAUAAUAGGUCUUAGAUUUUGGCACGAAAUUCAUUCAUCCAUUUGGCUAAAUAGCGUUUUGGCAUUUUAGCUUAUGUCAUUUCGUGAUGAAAACCCUAAAUCUAAUUCCUAACCUCUACCAUCAACCGAAAAUCAUAAUCCUUAUUCUUCACAUUGCUUUAUAACACUCAUUUAGUCUUGGUUAGUAGAUGGACAUUCUCAAGGUCACUUUAGCGUCGCUCAAUGAUCGUCCACAAAUUAUAGUUUCACCAAUUCUGUUUUAUUUGUUUUACUAUUGCAAACUGAAACAAUCAUUGUCUUGAAAUUUAUCAUCUUACAUAGUUCAUAUACUUCUGAAUAGAUUCAAACAAUUAUAGAAUGAAAGUUAUUCCGUUGUGUAAAUUAGUUUCUAACAGUUAUAAUCUGCAAUAAACCACUUAUAAAUUUCUUUUAUAGUGUAAACUUUUCUUAAUUUAGUAUAAUUUUAUUUUAUUCUUGUAUGUUGAUGAUAAUGUUGACUGAUUUAUAAAACAUACACAGAAACUAUUAUGUUUUAACUCUAGAUAUUUCAAUAAUUCAAUAAAUAUUUAUUAGUAACAUG